AUCGGGACUGACUGAGCCAACCACUCAUCAGACCACUAUGACAGCUAAACCAUCCAUGCAGUAGCUCUCAUACUGUACUUCUGGUAACGGCAGAUGCUUGAGAAGAGCCUGUCAGCCUAAGGUUGGAGAUGGACUCCCCAGUGAAGAGUGGGACUGUGCAGUACCGACAGCAGUUUACGGUGGGCCCCCCUGAUGGAGGCUACGGAUGGUUCAUCCUGCUGGCCUGCUUCCUGGUGUUUGGGCUGACCUUUGGAGUGAUCAAGGCCUUCGGAGUGUUCUACAUGGAGAUCCACGGCUACUUUGAGGCCACAGCAACAGGAACCUCCUGGAUUACAUCCAUUGCUGUGGCAACCAUACACUGUGGAGCCCCCAUGGCGUCUGCUCUGAGUGCUCGCUACAGCCACCGGGCCGUGGUGAUGAUAGGGGGUCUACUGAGCUGUGUGGGGAUGGUGGCUGGGGCUUACGCACAGAACCUGGUUCAACUUUACAUCACUGUUGGGCUCCUAACCGGUUUUGGUUAUGCCCUGACCUGGACCCCUACAGUGACCAUGGUAGGCUGGUAUUUUGAGAAGAGGAGGCCCAUGGCCAACGCCUUGGCCAGCGCAGGAGAGUGCAUCAUCACCUUCCUGUUUACUCCACUGUUCCAGCUGCUGGUGGACCACUACUCCUGGAGGGGGGCCAUGUUGGUGCUGGGGGGCCUGCAGCUCAACCUGUGUGUUUGUGGGAUGUUACUGCGUCCCCUGAACACCCCCACUAAGCUGCCUCCCAAGGAGGUCAGAGAGGAGGAAGGAGACUUGACGUUGGAUGCCUUGCCCCAGACUAAAUCCAGCUCGGAGGGGACAGUGGAACGGACAGGCAAGGCCCAAGCCCAGAAGGCCAGAAAGGCUGAGCUAUGGAGCAAAGUCCUGCGCUAUGUGGACUACACACUCAUCACCAACCCCCGCUUCAUGGUCUACUCCAUGUUCGGGGUGUUUGCUGCUUUGGGCUUUUUUGCUCCGGCCCUCUUCCUUGUGCCCUAUGCCCGGAGCCAGGGAGUGGAUGAGUAUCAGGCGACUGCCCUCAUGUCCAUCUCAGCAGUUCUGGACCUGACGGGCCGGGUGUUCUUCGGCUGGGUGGCCAACCUGCAUCUAGUGGAGAUGGUGCAGCAGCUGACUGCCACUGUGAUCUUGCUGGGUAUAGUCCUGCUGCUGUGUCCCCUCGCCUCCUCCUUCCUUGAACUGGCUGCCUUCAGUUCAGCCUAUGGCCUGGUGUACGGGGCCACCGUCUCCAUCCACAUCACCGUGCUGGCUGAGGUGGUUGGCGUGCAGCGGCUGGGGAGUGCCCUCGGCUUCUUCAUGCUCAUCCGCAGCAGCGGUGGCCUCCUGGGGCCGCCCAUCGCAGGAUUCCUUAUAGACAAGAUGAGUGACUAUGGGACAGGCUUCCUCAUGGCAGGCGUGGCCCUCCUCAUCUCUGCCCUCUUUCUGCUCCUGCUGCACCAGAUGAAUCGCAGGGCUCAGGGGUCAGCCAGGACGGGACAUGUAUGAUCCGCCUAUGGACAGGCAGAAGGGGGAGGAGCUGUGGAAGUGGACGGUAUAGCACAGCAAAAAGGACUGUACAGACUGGGAGUACGAGGAUGGAGAACAGACAAGGACCUCCACAGAAUAGUGACAAUCACAUUCCUUCUUCUGAAGAUUUAUCAUCUAAACUGUUUCUGCAGAAACUAGUGCCUUAUUCACUCACACAACACUGGCAGACACCUCUUUUCUUCACAGAGUUUAAAUGAGCUAAUAAGGAAAACUCUACCAGAUGGCCUCAAGUAUCACAACAACUAUGCAGUGAUUCACUUUUGACUCAUUACAAAACAUAAAAUGUGAUAAUGACCAAAAAUGUGCAAUCCUCCACAACAAUGCUUUGUAGGACAUGUGUAGUGCUUCUGAUAUGACUCAUUCAAAUAGCUGGGACAAGUUUGAUAACACUUACUCCCUCUAGUGGAGCUUAGAGGUAUUUUAAAGUAGAGUCUAUGGCUAAACUCAGUGGGGAUCAUGUCUGAAUAUAUUUAUUGCUGGAGCUGGCACUAAGUCAAAUUAGUUAGAUAAUGAGUUUAGCUGUUGUAAAUAGUUUAGUGGAUCAGUAGUAAUAGGGGGAAUAACCUUUGCAGUAGUAAAUGGUAAAAUCUACAGCUGAACAAACAUGCACAUACACAUUAACUCAUUGUCAUCCUCCCAACAUGAGACAUUUAAGGGGAAAUUAGAUUGUGUACUGUGAAACAUUGCUCACAAAGGCAACAAAUUGAGUGCUUUCCAUUUACUCUGCUCUACAAUGUUUUUUGCAAAAUAUACAUCCAAGAUAAGUAAACUCCACAAAACUGCAAUAACACAGGCACUCUGAUAAAAAUCUUACCGCUGGACUAAUACAAAUACGCCUAAAUAAAGUAGUCACCUUCCAUAAACCUGGAAUAAUAAACUAGAAACGGAGGUUUAGCUAAAGCCAGCUGUUCCAUAAACACUUGCUUGGGAAUCUCCCACCACAUGCAAACAAACACACACAUGCACGCACGUACAAAGGCAUACCGUCACAUACACAUGCACGCACACACACACACCAGGACCCUUUGGGUGCGUGAAAUGGCCGACUGCCAAGUGAUAGAGCCCACCUAUUAUCUUUUACAGAAGACUACCAGAUCAAAUAAACAAAUUACCACAGCAUUUCCAUCCCAUGGAACUAAAACUCCUAUUCUCUGUUGUAAGUGUCUGUUUCAUCUUUUGAUCACUUUCCAGUAUAAACUAUCUAAACCCA